UUAGAUAAAUUUAAAAAGAAUUUAUAUGCAGUAUACGUGUAGCAUUUUUAUAUUCUAUCAAAAACAUUGAAAAGAGGUUUUCGGUUAUGUAAAAAAAGCCGGAAUUAUUGGAGUCGGAAAAAAAUUGGCUCUUCUUGUUAAAUAAUGGUGGACGAUCGAUAACUAGCUUCCCAUGAAUCUUUACCAUCAUAUCCUUCUUCUCUUCCUGUUAUACAUAAGCUCGCUAGACGUCGCGAACAGUCGUAUAAAACGUAGAAGCCACGAUGACGUCGAACUUAGACGAACAAAAAGGACUGUAUACCAGGCGCUGUUAAAAAAACAGGACCGAAGAAAUGCGGACGAUGAGGGCGUUGAUAUUGAUGAGCGAAGCCUGAUCAACAAACCGCAAAGCAAGAAGAAACCAUACGUGAAACAGCAAGUACAAGACGUGAAAGUUCGCAUUGAGGUGAUUCAUGAAUGGCGGGAUGAAAUGACCAACAAGACGUCGCCUGAAUAUGAAUUACUAGCUGGAAAUAUCAUUGACGCUAUCGCUAACGAGCUAACAGCCGAUCUCCAUUAUGUAUCAUCAGGUGUUUCUAAACUAACAAAAACAAAAUCAAAGCGUAAAAUCAUCGCUGAUGUUGUUAUUCGGUUCUUCAAAACUGAAGCUGAUCCGGUCAGUCAUAUUCAAGGUAUUAUCAAUAAGGGAUGGAUUUCUGGUCAGCAAAUUGACCCAAACUAUUUUAAAAUUAUUGGAGUAGUCAAUGGCAACAAUGAAAAACCGAAAUGGCAUUAUCCGGACGAUGUAGAAUUAAGAGUUGUACCGGCUAUGAUUGCGCCGGGUAGUAAUUCACCGAGUAAAAGUACACCGGUUAGCUCGAAUACUACAAAUACGAAAAAAGAGAAGCCAACACGGUUUAAAGAAAUAAAAAUUUCGAUCAAGUUGAAACAGCGUUAUAGAAUGUUCUUAGAAGAUACAAAUUCACCAGAAUUUCGUGAAUUGAGCGGAAACGUCGAGCAGGCGAUCGCUAAAAUCUUCGUACAUGAUGCUCUUUUCAUCGCCGCCCACGUGGCCGAGUUGAAGGAAAGCGAAGAAGGAAGAGUUAUUGUUAAGUGUUCUUUGCAAUUUAAAAUGGAAGAGAGUUAUGCCAUUGAGAAAUGCCAAGCUAUGAUUUCCAGUGGUGACCUAGCCGGAAUGCCGGUGGACGAACAAUAUUUCGUCGUAAACGGUAUGAACCAAGUUGGCGGUGCAAACGCGACUCAACAGAACAAUACAGGUAGUGCUGUCAGUGGGUCCACAACACCACAAAACUAUCUAAGUGCAAAGGCCGCGCAAAAUAACACGGAUAUUCAGUCUCAGACAAAUGUUGAAUCCAGUAAGCCGAAAGAAGCUCAGGCUUCUACAAACAAGCUUUUUAAACAAAAUGGAUCUCCAACUAAAAUACCAGAUGAUAUACCGCAACCUCAACCAAUGGUAAAACAGUUUAAACCAAAGCCGUUAAAAUAUAAGGAGAUACGAGUGUCUCUCAAGUUAAUCCAAGCAUGGAAUGCGUCGCUUGCCAACAAUUUAACAAAACCGUACGCUAUGUUCAGUGGUAUUAUCGAACAAGCAGUUGAUAGAGCCCUUUCUGCUAAUCCACAUUAUAUCGAUACAACCGUUAUUGAUUUUCUAUCCAGCCCAGAACAAUUAACUAUUGUGAAUAUUGCUGUGCGAUUUCAUCUGGAAGAAGAAGAUCCAGAAGGAAGACUACGAAACAUUAUAAGAGACGGAACGUUAAGUGGAAUACCGGUUGACAAUUCGUUUUUCUUUGUCUUCUCUCUCAGCGAAACAGUUCAGCCUGCUGCAUUUGGAGACUCAAGAAACCAGACAAAACUUGAGCAACCUGAGCAACCUGUUGGAGGUGUCUCUUCAACCAACAAGGCAGAUGAGAACGAAAUCAAAGUUGCAGAACAUAGAAUACAAACAACGUUAGCGCCAUUAACUUCCACUGCUGCUGGUGGCCAGGGAAAUCCAGCAGUUUCAUCUGGUUCUGCGACAGUAGGUGGUCCAUCAAGUGAAAAUGUCACCACUGGUGGAAAAAAUCAGCAAUCUUCUACACCAACUGUAGACGGAAUUGGACAAAAGCAACCAGCAGAAUAUAAGCCAAAUAUUUUAACUACAGCUGAAAAUCUUAAACCAUCAUCGGUUGGCUUGUCAGAUAAUCAAUCUCCUGCACCAAAUGUGACCGUACCCAUAUCGCCGACAAGACCAACGGUAUCUGCUGCUGCUGUUUCCGCUACUUUUAACCCCUACCUUCCAAUAGAAACUAGUUCUCUGCCAUAUCAACAAACUAAUCAAGCUCAAACAACAAGUCAGGGUACUACUCCUGAAGCGGGAAAAGGUUAUUUAGAUUCAAGUCAGGGUACAGUAAGUUCAAACGCUCAAGAUAAUAUUCAGCCAUAUGAUCAAAAUGUUCAACAAAGCUGGUAUCCAACAAACGAGCAAGAACCAGAUGCUUAUAAUCCUUAUAAACCAGCCGAAGCGCUAGCUCAAGUGUCCGAAGCGAUUACGUCGCAUAUCGAGCAGCUUACGUCUGACACACAAAAACUGCAGCAACGCAUGGACAAUCUUUAUAUAAACCCAUUAUAUAAACCGAACGACAACCAAGCUCAGGACGCCACUAUGUACAAUCCUUAUAAACCAGUUGAACCAAAUACGCAAGCAAGUCUUCCCGUUGAAUCGUUGAACACGACUGGUGCGCUGUUCCAAUCCUCAGCAAACACAACGCAGACAAACACAAGCACAGCACAAGAAAACACAUCCAGUGACAUAUAUACACCAGGAGGAGCUCCUACAGAAGCUGAAAUUCCAUCCAAAGGAGAAACUGCAGGAUCCGCGAAUGAAAUAGAAGGGACAAUGACUUUGGAGCAGAGCUGGCACCCAUAUCUUGCAGAUAAAUCAAGCCCUGUCUAUAAAAUAUUAGAACGAGGUGUAGUAACCGCCAUUAAAAAUGUUUACGCGCAAGUGAAUGACGAGGUUACGCCAACCAUUCUUGGAUUUAGUGAAACAAAUAUACCAGCAUCUUCAGUAAGUGUGACAACAGAAAAGAAGGUAGCCGUACGAUUUAAAGUAACAUUCCUGUCAUCUGAAAAAGCGUCAUCGAAACCAUUAGAAGAUGCUGUGUCAGCUAAAUCGGUUGCUGGUAUUUUAAUUUAUCAAAACUCUCUUGUGAUUGCUGCUUCCUUAACCAACACUGAACAAAAUGGAACAAAAAACGCUGAAAAAACUAUAUGUCAGAAGCAGCAAAAAAUGGCUGAAUCAGAAAGCGACGGUGUUCCCGUAGGUGGCUUUACUCCGCAGUGCAAACCUGAUGGUAGUUAUAAAUCUGUCCAAUGUCAUGCUUUGACCGGAUUUUGUUGGUGUGUUAAUAAAGCUGGUGUGAGGAUCAGUGGAACAGAAGAAAGAUACAAACAACCGAAUUGUGAGGGUAUCAAGAUCAGUGGAAAUGUUCAACUACCACAAUCUGCUAACAAAGUAGUUCUUCCUGGUUCUUGCCUAACCGUGUUUAUACAAGAAAUGAUUUCAUGCGGGAGCGACAUCAACUGCCACAUACCUGUUAUUGCCAACGAAACCAUAAGAAACGUGAUUGUACGGAACAACUCCAUCCCGUAUGAACUAACCACCACUAAGUUGAAACAAGGACGCUACGUCAUAACUGCUGUGGUUAAUAACGGCUGGUGCCGCGUAAAUAGUUUAAAAUCGAAAGAGAUGAUACGUACAGGAGACUUUCAUACCACAACAAUGCAUGAUAUAGUAAUUGAAGCUAAAACAAAAUCAAUACUUAAAGACAUAACCUUAGAAGUUUUGCAGCCCCAAGAAACCGGCAUAAAGCUUCAUGGCAAGGUUUUGUUGCCGGCAGACGAACAAUUGACAACAAUACCCGAAGGUUCCUGCUUAUCUAUACAGACAAAAUUACUUAAGCUAUGUACAGGCCCAAAGUGUCCCACAACUCCGACGAGCGGGAAUGAAACAAUCAAAGGCUUAGCGGUAGUCAAUAAUACCGUACCAUACGAUAUCCAACUACCGGAGUUAGAACCUGGUACUUAUGUCAUCAGCGCGGUCUUGCAUAUAGGGCAGUGCCCUGAAAGUGACCAAACGAUGACUCCGGGUGAUUAUUAUAAUGACGAAAUGGUUGAUUAUAUAAUUGCUAUGGAAACAACAGAUGUUGAAAAAGAUAUAAAUGUUGUGAAAUUGAAUAAGCAAGUUACAAGUAGUAUCUACGUGUCUGGGCGAGUUCUCUUUCCAACAAAUGAACCCAUACCCCCAGAAUCAUGCUUGACAAUUUCCUCAAGAAAACUUAUUCAGUGCAGAAAUAAUAACUGCAAAAUCCCACCAGUUUCAACAAGAACAUUUGAAAAUGUUACCAACGAAGGAGGGAUACCCUAUAGUCUCCUCCUUCCUGUGGCGACGCCUGGUAAAUACAUAAUCAGUGCUGUGGUCAAUCUUGGUUGGUGUAAAACGGAAGGUGGAUCGAAGUGGAUUCAACAAGGGGAUUAUUAUAACGACAAAGUUCAUGAUUUUGAAAUUAAAAAUGAAACAACGUCAGUGGGUAAAAAUAUCAAGGUGAUGCCUUUCGAAACAGAAGUAGAAAAAACAGGUGUAAUGGUUCACGGACGAGUGAUUUUACCACCCUCCACAAAUGGUGACUUUCCAAGUAAUUCCUGUUUAACCGUCAAAGCACAAGAAUUCAAGCUCUGUGGAGGAACAAUUAAUUGUGUCAAUCCUAUCUCGGGAAAACAAACAUUUAGUGAGCCUAAAAUUGAAGAUAAUGUAAUACCAUACGCACUUGUUCUACCGAACGUGGCGUCUGGUCAUUAUAUUAUCAGUGCUGUAUUUAACGUUGGUUGGUGCAAGGAAACAGACCCUCCAACAGAGGAAUGGAUACGAAAUGGUGAUUAUCAUAACGAGGAGACCAAUGACUUCGUCAUAGAGUCAAAUGAUGUGGAAAAAGAUGUCGAAGUCGUGCAAUAUUUUGAAACUGUAACAGCUCCGGUUCCUAGUGUAGAAGCCUAUAGACCUUCUAUAAGACCACCAACAACACCAUCCAUAACCUACCCUAACAAACCAGCUGAAGUGCCUAUAGCUCCUGUCAAUCAAGAAACUAAUACCAACACCGCCACAUUAAAUAUUUCCCAGGACUCCUCAAACUCAUUUAAUGGAAAGCAAAUUGACAAUAAUUUAAACACAAGCGAAAAUCGUGUUCCAAAAAUAAGUGAAAAUACCGAUAUAACCGCUGGAAAAGCGACAGGUCUCAACAUGGAGAUAAAAACAACACAGGCAGUGCCCUCCUUCAAGGCUUACAGGUUCUCUACAAAACCUGCAACAAAACCACUGAUUACGGAUCCGCCCAUAACCUAUCCAAAUAUACCGACUGAAACAUCUUCGCCUAAACAAAAGAAUACAAUUAACACGACGACAAUAAAUAAUACUUCUGCGAAUAAUUACCCUGCUAAAGAUUUGAAUGGAAAUACGGCGGCUGGAAAUACGGGAGAUGUCGUCAUGACAACUACAACAAAAAACGUCCCGGGAUAUGUAAUGACAUCGACAGUUCCACCUUCUGUAUCUGAAGCUUCAGUGACAUCUACUGUACCGGCGAACAUUGUAUCGUCGACUAUGCGUCCGAUGGUUGUCGAAAAAUUUGCAACGACACCACAAAUCGGCCCUGUUUCAUCAUCUACUAUUCCAACACUUGCGCAGUCCACAGUAUCCGUCAAAAACGUUGGCGGAACAUAUGGCGAAUCGUCAGGUGGACAACCUCUGAUAAACAAUGACAAGAAAAAUAAUACCGAAGAAAUUAUAACUCUUCCUGCAGGUUUACCAAAAUCCUGUCAGGAGAUUAGAGAGGCUGGUAUAGGUAAUAUGGACGGUCAGUACAUCAUCGAAGCAAGACCCAAAUGUCACUUAAGUAUCAUAUGUCAAGGCAUGGAAAGAGCCAGACCGAAGGAAUUCUUAGGAGGACCAAGUGAAGACGAGUGGAAGUACUGGCAUUAUGCUGUUCUGAUUACAAUUUCUGAUCAAGCCAAACGCAAUAUUCCAGCAGGCGCGUGUUUAGAAAAUACUGCAAGUGGAAAGAAUUUAAUAAAACGAGUACUAAUUGCUGGUGGAAAACAAGAUAAUCCAAUUAGUGAAUGGAAAACAAACAUCGCGAAAUUACUACGAUCUAAAAGGGACAUCGCGCAAGGAGACACUUUAAUAACAAAAGCAAAGAAGAUAUAUAAAGAUAAGACAGAAAGUAACCUGAUGCUUGAUUCAGAGUGGGGCGUUUUAUAACCUUCGAAACAGAACGUGCUGAGAAACUUUGAAAGAGACUUUUAUAUUAAGCAUUUCAAAGCUCCUUGUUAAUUUUACUCGUAAUAAAUACUAGCUUCCUAUUCAACCACAUGACCCAACUUUAUGUUGAAGUAACAUGAAUUAUGGCUGCCAUAUUGGGAGAAAUGAUAUGGAAUACUUACCAAAAAGUGAGCGAAUUACGUCAUCCCCGCUCACUGCGUCACUCGGUCUUGUAAUCUCGAUUUUUACAUAUUCACCAGAUGUUUAGUUUCGUAUUUUAUCUUGUAAAUAUCAUAGAAGGUUAAUUAAUUAAUAAAACAAUUAUUUUAAACACA